GGAUUUUGUGUGGUUCUUUCGGUUGUGUGUUGUUGGGGUGUGAAGCCGUUGGGAUUUCUAGCGUUAAAAAGCGGAAGCUUGACGUCCUUUUAGAGGGUAUUCUAGAGGAAGGAAGCUGAGAGAGGAUACUGACAAUGGAUGAAGCAGAUUGCUUCGGCCCUCAGCGAGAUUAUGUUGGAGGGAAUCGUAGCCUCGCGCUGCCGGUUCCUGUUCAAGAUGAGAGUUUCAUGUAUGAGAGAGUGAAGAACGAGAAGGCAAGUUUGAAUAACUGUAUUAACAAUUUUGAAUCUUCAUUUCCUGGAGAGAUUGAUACAAAGCCAUUUGAAAAUGCUUUGUCUGCUAGUUUUCCCUCAUUGACUUCUACUACUGCCACUAAAGCUCAAGAAAAAACAUUGAGUCCCACUCCAAAAGAUGAGGGAUACUGCGAAAGCCCAAGCAUUCAUGGGGACGGGUCUUGUCAGCAUCAUAUUGACUAUGAAAAGAGUUGUAGGGAGACGCAGUGUGGAGAUUUGAGUUCCACAAAGGAGUUUGAUUCUCAGAUAAAUCUUUCUAACACUGCCAGAAGUUCAUCUGAUUGUUCGAUUAUGAGAUAUCACCGAGACGAGCUGCCAUCAAGUAUUGGGACCGACGAAACGGAUCAGGGCCGAGUGGUACCAAACUUCAGUCUAGCUGAGCAUCCCACAGCGUUAUCAUCAAACAGUCAGUAUUAUCCAAAACCCAUUGAUUCUGCAGGGCUGAAGUUUGUAUCAGACCCGAAGCUGAAGGAAUCACCAGGGUUAAGCUGCCAGCCGACUGCAAUAAGUCACAACCAUAGAGGCCACUAUGAAGAAUCUCCAAGUGCAAUACAUCAUCAGUGUACUAGUGCAUCAUCCACUUUGCAGGGUGGGGUUGCAUCAAACAUUAAACCAUUUGGUUCAUCAAAUAAACCUGUGGAAGGGGAGGUCGGUAAGAGGAAGGCAUCAUGUGAUGAGCAAAUAAUGGAGGACCAAACGUUAAGGAUGAAGAGACAGAAGAUGUCAACAAAUAUUCAACAAGAAGUGCAAUACAACCAGACUGUUCUGUCACCAACACAGUAUCAUGUAUCUGGGAAAGGGAACUUAAUAUUUGAUUCUCCAAACAACUGCAUCUUCCACUUGGACAGGGGUGGGCAGGAGAAGCAACAUGCGUUACAGUGGGCCAGUCGUCAAUCCUCACAAACUGACAGUGCUACUAGUUCAAUUCCCACCGAGUCACUACAAACCGUGGCUAAGCUGAUUGCGCAGACAACCGAAUGGAAGAAGAUUGCCCGCCUGCUGCCGAUGACAGAUUGCCCGACCUUAGAGUCAGACAUCAAGAAUUUAGAAGAGUGUCAAGGUACAACGUCUGACAAGACGUUGGCUGUCUUGAUGAGAUGGUGGAGGGAGCACCCUGAGCAGGGUGAUAGGACAACGAUGCUGGACUGCCUCCGACAAGGUUUGGAAUGCUGUAAACUGGUCAGGUUAGCUCGUUCCGUUGACACGUACUUUCCUAGUACUGUUUGAAGAUCUCCAUGGUGUGGAUAGAAAGGAAGAAACUAUAAAUAAAUAGUAAACUGGGAGGUACAACUAUUAGUAAAUCUCUUUGUGGGAGUGUUUGCUCUGAAAAGAGCCGUUGUGGUCACUCAGGCAAAAGAGAUUUACCCUCCAGUUUACUGUUUAUGUAUAGUUGUUCCUAAAACUUUCCAGAUUUUUUGUCAUUUACCUGGACAAUGCAUUCAUUAAAUGCUGAAUUUAAAGUCCAUUUAAUGGGUUUGUUGGUUGCUGAAAAUGCAAUGUGUACAACGAUGUAUCAAUUGCCAAUUGAUCGAAAUUAGUUGUAAAAAACAUGCACUUUGCAUGCUGCAUAAAUGUAAAUAAAUCGUUGUAGUUUUUUAUCUUUUUCAAGGAAAUUUAAAAACAACUUGCAUGUUGAAUUUGAAAUAGACCCAAUGGUCGUGCUGGUUUGUACAUAACAUCUUUAAAAAAAAAACAAUUUUGCUCAAGCAUUUCCUUCAAAAUAGUUUGUUCGAAGAAUCAGGUUAAUGUUUGUCCAAAGCCCCUUGUUUAAUUAAGAUUUACCCUGAAUUUUAAAAUCAAAUAACCAAAGACACUUUCAAACCAACUCUAAUCCUUCGAAAUAUCAAAGCAUUCCAUAUAAACCAUUAAAAUGAAAUUAAUUAUGACAUCAGUGAUAAUUCAAUAUUUACAGCCCAUGGUAUUCAAGUGACAUGGUAGGCCUACAUGUAUUCAAGUGCCCACUGCCAUUAUGUUGUGUUUUAUGUUUUGUUUUAUUUUGUUCGUAACUUUCCUUUUUUGCAUUACAUUUAUAACUGAAUUCCCUCCUUAUCUAGUAUGUGUAUGUGUCAAUAUCUACAAGUGGAUUUAUGUACUAUUGUUACAAAUUACAUUGUACAAUUUACGUGUCCCUUUCAUUCCACAGGUGUGUGUGCAAUUUAUAAGUUAUGGAUUUAAAAUUUAUAUUUGUUAUAUAGAUGAAUAUUUUCCUUGAAAUAUUUGGUGUGAAAGAGAGAAAAGUGCUAAAUGGAGCCUUACUGAAUUCCAUCUGACACCCCCAUGGGUAAACAUAAUAAUA